GAGGGGCGCAGGUGUUCACCUACAAGCAGCUCCAUUCGGCGACCGGCGGGUUUGGGAAGCGCAGUGUGGUGGGGCACGGGAGCGCUGCCCGAUGGGUGGAAGGUCGCCGUCAAGCUGAUGGACCGACCCGGGAAGCAAGGGGAGGAAGAGUUCAAGAUGGAGGUGGAGUUGCUGACGCGCCUUCACUCGCCCUACCUACUGAUAUUGAUCGGCCAUUGCUCCGAUGGCGGGCAACGGCUUCUGGUCUACGAGUUCAUGGCUAAUGGGGGUCUUCAGGAACAUUUGUAUCCUACUAAAGGUUCCUACGGUGGCAUUUCAAAGGUGGACUGGGAUACGAGAAUGCAAAUAGCUCUUGAAGCUGCAAAAGGUUUGCAGUACCUUCAUGCGCACGUCAACCCCCCUAUCAUCCAUAGGGAUUUCAAAAGCAGCAAUAUUUUGUUGGACAUUUACUUCCAUUCCAAAGUUUCAGAUUUUGGAAUUGCAAAACUUGGAUCCGAUAAAGCAGGAGGCCAUGUUUCCACAAAUGUUUUAGGCACACAAGGAUAUGUUGCUCCAGAGUACCGCCAAAGCCUUCAUCUCUUCUAA